AUGAAUCUUUUUUAUGAAAAUUCUAUGAGCUGCAAAUUUUCUGUAAUCAAGAAGUUUAGAAUUGGACAGAAGCAGAUUUUUACAAAGAAACUUAUAAACCUUAUUAUAGCAAGGAAAUUCAUAUCAAAUUUGUCUAAUUGCAAAGAUCUUAAUUUGAUAAAAGAAAGCUACCUCAAUAAAAUUGAUCUCAAAGCUUCACCAUGGCUUAGUGGACCUAUCAAAGAUUUUCUAAAUGAAAGCUUAAAAGAAAUUUUAUACAGCAUUGUUUUGUUAUCAAGAACUGCAGACUCAAUUAUUUUAGCAGCGAUCAACGCAAUCAUGCUUCUAAAUAAAGCUGGAUUUUUAUUUAUAAAUAAAAACUUGAGCAAUCUAAAGAUUCCAAACGCUGAUUUGUCUUAUGGGAUGUUUAUUGACACAAAUUUCGAAUCAUGUAAUCUCUCAGGAGUGAAUUUCUGUAAUGCCCACAUAUAUGGAUCAAAUUUCAAAAACAGCAAUAUGGCUAAAGUAAAGUUUGGAGAGAAAGUUCUUAUGUCAAAUUUUAUCAUAAAUGUUGAAGCUUUAAUCUUUUCACCUUGUGGAAGAUUUCUUGCAGUGGCUGAGGAUAAAACAAUUUAUCUCUAUAAUUCGAAAACAUACCAAAAAUUCAAACAGCUAAUUGAAGAUUUUCCUAUAAGAUCAUUAUUAUUUUCUGAUAAUGGAAAUUAUUUGUUGUCUCGAAAUAGUGAAAUGAAUGCGAUUUUAUGGGACAUAUCAUCGAGUCUUAAAAUUGGCGAAUUUGUAAGAUUAAUUGGCUCUUCUGGCUUUUCGCGUUGCAAUAAUUUUUUAUGCUUUGCUUGUGCUUGUAUUGAUUUCAAUAAUAAAGCAAUAAAGGUUUAUAGCAUAAACACAAGAAAUAUAAUAUGUGAGAUCAGUAGUAUUUCAUUUCAAUUUUGGAUAAAUUUCGUAAUUUUUUCCUAUUCAGGAAAAAAUCUAGUAGUUUUAAGUAGCGGUAAUUCUCUUACUGUAUUGAAUUUAUCUUCCAAAAGAAUGAUAAAUCAAAUAGUUUGCCAAUACCAAAACCCGAUUGUGAUAUCUUAUAAUCGAAAAUACAUUGCUUUUCAUUACGGCAAUAGUAAAUUAUUCGUUUAUAGCACAGAAAAACUAGAAAUAUUGAUUUCUUUUGAAACAAAUCAUUAUCAAUUUGAUCUUUUGGCGUUUUCUCCUUGCGGGAGAUAUAUCGCUUUAUCUUUACAAAAAAAAGCAAUAGAAGUUUUUGAUUUGAAAUUAAAAGAAAAAAUAUACAAAAUAUUUUGUAAUAAAACCUCUAUUGUUAAAUACAUUAAUUUUCAUUCCAACGGAAAGAAUAUAGUUGCUAUAACCUCAGAUAGAAAUUUACAAUCUUGAAAAAUCCCAUUAGAUAUCGAAAUAAGCAAGAAAUACAUUGCAAGAAAGGGAAUGACAAUGGCUUCUUUUUCUUAUGAUUGCCAAUAUUUUGCUGCUGCUGACGAAGAAGGGUGAAUUUUUAUAUUCUUAACAGAAAACAAAAAGCUAUAUAAAGAGUUUCAGGCUCAUAAUAAGGAUAUUUUAUGCAUUUCAUGAUCAAGGGAUGUUUUGGCUUCUUCUAGUAGAGAUCUUAUGAUUAAAAUUUGAGACAUUUACAAUGGGAUUCCUUUAAAAAUUAUUCAUACUAAUUUGCUAUCUAGCUGGAUUGAGUUUUCUUCUGACGGUAAAAAUCUCCUUGCUUGUGGAUUCCCAAAUUUAAUAAAUAUAUGAAAUAUUGAUAAUUGUCAGAUACCUAGAACUUGAAGUCACCAUUGCAAAAAAGUCUCUAUGUCCCAUUGAUCCCGAUGUGGAGAUUUUCUUAUAACUGGCAGUUCUGAUAAAUCAAUUAGCAUUUUAAAUGUUAAUAGUCUUGAAAUAUUGAGUGAGCUAACUGAUCAUCGCCACGAAGUUGAUUUAAUAAGUAUAUCAAUAUGUGGAAAACUUCUAGCUUCUUGCGAUCUAGAUAAAAACGUUAAGAUUUGAUAUUUAGGGGAUUUUAAUCAUAGUUAUCAGGAAAUUAAGGUUACAAAGCAGUUUAAUGUAGGAAACUUGAUAAGCUCAAUUGUGUGGACGCCUGAUGGAAAUCUUAUUUUAGGUGAUGGGGAAGGGAAAAUAUUAGUAUUUAAUUUUUACAUCCAAAAAUCAGUUCAAAGCGUAGAUGCUCAUAAGGGACUUGUUGCUUCUCUAGACUGUUCGAUGAAUGGGAAACUUAUAAUAUCCUCAAGCAAAGACCGGACAGUUAAGAUAUGGAAACUUGAUAGAUAA